AUGGCUUCUCGCUUCCUCUUCUUCUCCCUCUUCACUUAUCUUCUACUCUCCAUCUCCCUAGCUGAGAUCCAUUUCUCCGAGAUCCGAUCCGACGACCGUCAAUUUAUCCCUUUCGACGAAUUCGGGUUCACCCACUUUGGCCGACUCGAACUCAACGUCACAAACAUCCACCUCUCAGACCCUAACCCCGACCUCGAUCGAUCCAAAAUCGGAUUCUUCCUCUGCACUCACGAUUCCUGGCUUCACGUGAUUAACCAACUUGAGGAUGGUGAAAUCACGUGCGCUCUCCAAUCCGAUCUUAUCAAGCCCGUUUUCACUUUCAACGACCUCAAAAAGGACCAAACUAGCCUCUCCAAAAUGAUUUCUCAAAACGACGCCGAUCAGUACACGCUCGUCUUUGCUAAUUGCUUGACGUCGUCGAAAGUCUCCAUGGACGUCAAGUCGGCGAUGUAUAAUCUCGACAAAGGCGGUAAAGUUCGCGACUAUUUGUCGGCAGGCAAAACUAUUUUGCCGCGGGUUUAUUACUUAUUGUCGCUGAUUUAUUUCGGUUUAGCUGGUGUUUGGAUUUAUGUUUUAUACAAGAAACGACUUACCGUUUAUCGAAUUCAUUUCUUCAUGCUUGCUGUAGUAAUUUUAAAGACAAUGAAUUUGUUGUGCGAAGCUGAGGAUAAGAGCUAUAUUAAGAGAACAGGUUAUGCACAUGGAUGGGAUGUUUUGUUUUACAUUUUUAGUUUUUUGAAGGGAAUUACGUUGUUUACUUUAAUUGUUUUGAUUGGUACUGGGUGGUCGUUUUUGAAACCGUAUUUGCAAGAUAAAGAAAAGAAGGUUUUGAUGAUUGUGAUUCCGUUACAAGUUGUUGCGAAUAUUGCCCAAGUUGUGAUUGACGAGACUGGGCCGUAUGGGCAGGAUUGGAUUACAUGGAAACAAGUGUUUUUGUUGGUUGAUGUUGUUUGUUGUUGUGCGGUUUUGUUUCCUAUUGUUUGGUCAAUUAAGAAUUUGAGGGAAGCUGCAAGGUCGGAUGGGAAGGCAGCAGUGAAUUUGAUGAAGUUGACUUUGUUUAGGCAGUAUUAUAUUGUGGUGAUCUGCUAUAUUUACUUUACUAGGGUCGUGGUUUAUGCGUUGGAGACGAUUACUUCUUACAAGUAUCUGUGGACGAGCGUUGUGGCUGGAGAAUUGGUUACUUUGGCUUUUUAUGUUUUUACUGGGUAUAAGUUUAAGCCAGAAGCACAUAAUCCAUAUUUUGUUGUGGAUGAUGAAGAGGAAGAGGCGGCAGUUGAGGCUUUGAAGCUAGAAGACGAGUUCGAGUUGUAA